AUGGCAAAAACAUCAUCAAGAAAGUUUUUAAAAAAUUCAAAAAGUCUAAAAACUCUUAAUGUUCCAGUAAAUUUAGAAAAAUCAUUAGAUUGGGAUUCACCAAGCUCAUUUACUGGUACAAUAAAAAAACGUCCAUCUCCCACAGCAAUAAAAACCAAAGUAAUACCGAGCCAAACAGAAGUUGAAACAACUGCAAUAAAAAGUUUUGUAAAAAUUCAACCAAAAAAUAAAAUAAAGAUAGUUAAAACUAAACAAGACUUACAUGAAAAACAAGAAACAGUAUUGGUAAAAAAUAACCUCAAGGUUAAUAAUGUUCCUGAAAAUGACAAUGAUAGAAUUGAUAUUCAUGAUAAUGAUGAUAUUUAUGAUAAUAUUACAACAGUUAGUUCUGUUGAAAAUGAGUUUUCAAUGAAAUCAAAUUCAUCUUUAGAAAUCAUUUUGGAUUCUGAUUUAAAUUUAAUUAAAAAUAAUCAAUAUGCCAAUAUUGUUAUCGAAAAUGUUUUUUACAAUAAUACAAAUGCAAUUAAUGCAAGAGAUUCAUUAAAUUGUGACCAAACAAUUAUGGAUGUGGAAUUAAAAUGUGAAGAAACUCCCUUUAAAAUAUCAACAAAAUCAACACCAUUACAAAAGAAAACUAUCCAUAAUCAUCACACCAUUCCUUUAAAACAACAUCAAACAAUUUCAAUACAACCACAAUCAACACCAUUACAUUAUAAUUUCCAUAAACCUCCAACACCACCACCUAUAAGUCAUAUUCCUUCUUUAAAUAAAAAUCACUUACAAAAAUUGAAUGAUGAAAAAAAACCUAUUAUUAGUGGAAAUGACUUGGAAAAAGCCAAAGAAAAGAAUCAUUCUUACAAUAAUAACAAUGACAAUAACAAUAAUAGUAACAAUUAUAGAAGUAAGAGUUAUACAAGCCCUUCAAAUAAAGGAUUACAUUUAAGUGAAUUGAAAAAUUGUAUUUCCAAAUUAAAUAGUAAGUUUUCUAUAACAUCAGCUUUGAGUAAAGCAGUUCAUUUCACUCAAUUGGAAACAAAUGAAAUUAAAAAAUUCAAUUCACCAAUACAUUUGGAUAAACAACAUGAAAAAUCGAAAAUCAAUGAAAAUGAAUACAUUCUUUCCUCUGAACAACUGAAAAUUUCGCCUGAUGAUAUGAAAAUUCUAUCAAAACCAAAAUUUACAUCCAGUCAAUUGAAAAAUAUUCCUGUACGACCUAGGAAAGGUCCAAAAAUAUCACAUUUAGAAAAUUAUUAUCUUUUUGAUCCAAAUGUUGACUUUAUUAAUGAGAAGGAUCAAAAAUCAACAAUUGAACUUGAUUCUAUUAAAAAAGCUCUUCAAGAAAUUCCAAUGAAAGAACAAGAACAACAACAACAGUCGAAUUACAAUAUUCUCGAACAAAUUUUCAAUGACCAAGUAAACCAUUUCGAUGAUAAUAUUUUGAAUAAAAAUCUCAUUAAUGAAGUGCAUCAUAACUAUUUUACAAUUGAUCCGGAAAUAUUUGAGACUAUUUCAACUGCUUCCGAUACAUCAAUUGAAUUAAGUUCAUCAACCAAUGCUAAUUCAAAUUUAAAAUCUAUGCACGUACAAAACCAAUUCAAUUCAUAUGAAAAUUGUAGACAAUCAACUUCAACAAUUCCUAAUACAGCAACAGUAGUAAAUUUUAAUAAUAAAUAUUCUUGUAUAGAAAUAAUGGUUAAUAAAAAUGUUAGUUUAAAGGUUCAAGAAAAUGAGCAACAACAAAAAGAACAACAACUAAAGCUACUAAAACAGAAACAAAAGCAAUCAAAUUACUCUAGUUCCAAUACCAAUACAAUUGUAACAAAAUUAGAACAAUCUCAACAGAAUGUUAUUCAACCUAUGGCUAGUAAUAAAAUGAUUUCUACUAAAGAGAGGGAGCAAAAUUAUCAGCAACAUAAUAUACCAUUAGAUAUUUUAAUACCAAACAAUGGUAAAGGACAACAGUAUAAUCACAAAAAAUUUAAGGAUAUAAACAGUUACUAUAACAAUGACAAUCAUCAGCAGCCUCAUCUUCAUAGUGAUUACUCCUAUCUUCAUCAUACAUAUCCUCAGUAUAGUAAUAAUCAUCAAAAUUUGAAAUUUUUUUCUGCUGAUUCAACUUUAAUAGGAUUGAAAAAUUCCAAAAUUAAUCCAAAACCUUUACAACAGAUUAUAAAAUUAGAGAAAAAGGAUGAUAUCAAACCGGAAAAUGCUAAAUGUUUGCCAAUAGUAAAAAGUAACGAAUACUAUAAUGAACAUAGUAAUAAUACUAAACAUAUACAUGCAAAAAAAGAAAUAUUAAAAAUACGGCGGCAUUCAAUGGAUGAAAUUUAUUUGAAUUCACACCCUCUAAUAAGCUCUCAUUCUAAUAUAAAUUAUUAUCGUAGUAGUAGAACAUUACCAAUUAAAUCUAAAUAUAGAAAAUUUGAAAAUUCAGUGAUAAUCCAAGGACAAAAAUCUUCUUCAAUACAACAUAAUACUAAUGCAGUAAUAAAUAAUAGAAAUAUCCUUCAAGGUGGAUCAUCAUCGUAUGAAUGUUGUAAUAAAAUAAUAAAUAGAUUAUCAAGUAGUAGUGAAGAUAUUGAUAGUGUAUUUUUAAGUUCAAAUUGUACAACUAAGGAUAAAUUAGAAUUCAAUUCAGAUAUAUUUUGGGAAAAAAUAUUGCUGAUGAAGCAAAGUAAAAAUAUUCAAGGAUAUAUUGAGGUAUUUUAUGUAUAA